UUCGAAUACACGGCGUUCAUUGCUGUGACCGCCUAUCAAAACAAUGAAGUGACACAGCUGAAGAUUUCCCAUAACCCUUUUGCCAAAGGGUUCCGGGAAGGCUCGGAACGGGACCGAAAACGGACGUCUACCAGCCCAAUAUUCAGCGAGCCGUCACCGAAACGUAUCUCACCCAUGUCUUCUGAUGUGAAAGUGAAAUGUGAGGCUCCGUUAGGGAGUCCAUUUAUUUUCCCGUGGGCUUCGCCUGCAGUGGAUCCGAACUCUCCAAAGGGUAACGAGCAUCGUCCGAUGCCAUGGUACAGCUAUUACCAGCACCCAUUUUAUCCACCUAUACCAUAUUAUUAUCCUUACAUGCCAAACUGCUAUCCGACAACAACUCCU